CCGUGAGCCAUCAGCUGGUAUCUAAAGCGAUAAACCGUCACUUGGGAUACAAUUACAUUAAUUUUAACCACAGACCGCCACUUAUUCCUCUAUUUUCAUCCUACUCCGCCUAAACCACAUCGUUAUAUUCUAACCGGAUCGGUAAAGAUCAGUGAUGUUCUACACCUGUGGUCCCAACGAGGCUAUGGUGGUGUCAGGCUUCUGUCGGUCUCCUCCACUGAUGAUAGCUGGAGGCCGAGUGUUUGUCAUCCCGUGCAUUCAGCAGAUACAGAGGAUCUCCCUGAACACUCUGACUCUGAAUGUGAAGAGCGAUAAAGUCUACACUCGCCAUGGCGUGCCCAUAUCUGUAACUGGGAUAGCUCAGAUGAAGAUCCAGGGUCAGAAUAAACAGAUGCUGGCUGCAGCCUGCCAAAUGUUCAUGGGCAAGUCGGAGCCUGAGAUCGCUCAGAUCGCCUUGGAGACGCUGGAGGGACACCAGCGGGCCAUCAUCGCUCACCUCACUGUUGAGGAGAUUUACAAGGACCGAAAGAAGUUCUCAGAGCAGGUUUUUAAGGUGGCUUCGUCUGACCUGGUCAACAUGGGCAUCAGCGUGGUCAGCUACACACUCAAAGAUGUCCACGACGACCAGGAUUAUCUGCAUUCACUGGGGAAGGCUCGGACAGCCCAGGUUCAGAAAGACGCUCGCAUUGGAGAGGCCAAGAACAAGAGAGAUGCUGUGAUCAGGGAGGCCCACGCGAUGCAGGAGAAAGUGUCAGCCCAGUACAAGAAUGAGAUUGACAUGGCAAAGGCCCAGAGGGACUAUGAGCUGAAGAAGGCAGCCUAUGACAUCGAAGUCAACACUAAGAAGGCUGAGUCAGAGAUGGCCUACCAGCUGCAGGUAGCGAAGACGAAGCAACGUAUUGAGGAGGAGAAGAUGCAAAUCCAGGUUGUUGAGCGGGCGCAGCAAAUCAUGCUGCAGGAGCAGGAGAUCACCCGCAGGGAGAAGGAGCUGGAGGCCAAGGUGAAGAAGCCUGCAGAUGCUGAGAGGUACCGCCUGGAGAAACUGGCUGAGGCACAGCGGAUUAAGUUGAUCAUGGAGGCAGAGGCCGAAGCCGAGUCCAUCAGGAUCAAAGGUGAGGCUGAGGCGUUUGCAGUUGAGGCCAAAGGUCGUGCUGAGGCAGAGCAGAUGACGAAGAAGGCAGAGGCCUUCCAGCAGUACAAGGAUGGAGCCAUGGUGGACAUGCUGCUGGAGAAACUGCCUCUGAUGGCAGAAGAGAUCAGCAAGCCUCUGUGUGAAGCCCACAAGGUUACCAUGGUGUCCAGUGGAGGUAGAGAGGUGGGCGCAGCCAAACUGUCAGGAGAGGUGCUGGACAUCAUGACCCGCCUCCCAGAGGCAGUGGAGAAGCUGACCGGAGUCUCCAUCUCACAGGCAACUUGUACCGGCUGAAGAGAAUCAACCAGUCUGGAUACCAGGCAGAUCUACUCUCCCACUGUCUUAUCAGCUGCCUGGAGUCUUUGCAUGAGUCUGCAAACACUAACAGCCUCUUUCCUCGACCCACAUUUCUGUCUUUCAUCACCUGUAUAACUGUUUCCCCCAUGUAGCUCUGUUAACAUCUUGCUGUGUUGUGAAGAAAGGUGUACACUUUCUGUUCUUUUUUCCCUUUUCUUGAAACUCUUUAUCUGUCUCAUUUUGUCUAAGUCUCUCCCGCUGUCUGUGUUGACCUUUAAUGUCUCCUCCGUAACUGCCUGUACGCUGCCUUGCUGCCAAACCUCAAGUGCAUCUUAAUAUGAAGGUUGUAUACAAACAUACAUUCACAACCUUCAUUUACUAAUUCCACUAACAAUAUAUAGUCCAAUACUAGACCAAACCGUCACGCUUUAUGUUUUUCUGACAGAAUUGAUGGUGGAGAUGGUCAGCCCUUAAGUCUUUGAAGGUAUCUGGGAUGGUUACAAACAAACAGGUUGUUAAAAUUGUAAUAACAUCUGUAAAUCUGUACGGCAUUAAUAUGUUAGAUUUUUUUUUUGAUUAAUAUGUUGGCUUUCUUUUAAUCUCUUUGUUUUCUUUAUGUGGUCUCCAUCUUCUGU